UGGGCACGAGGUGUCCUUUGGGGGGCGACAAAAAUAUCUGGAACCUGGUGGAGGUAGUGGUUGCCCCGCACUGUGCGCCGAGUGCCGGUGAAUUGUUCAUUUUGAAGUGGUUAGUUUCACAUUAAGUGAAUCUCUCCAGGAGGAGGAGGAAGAAAAAUGAGGGCUGUACCCUGUUUGCCCUCAGGGUACUGAUCAUCCAGAUCUUGGGGGGCCUGGGCUGGCCUGCCUUGACCUGGUGGGAGGCUGUCCCCUCCUGGGCUGGGGAAGAAGGUGCUUUUCUCCCCGGCAGUUUCAUCCACGCUGGCUUCCAGGUGAAGUCGGGUAGGAGGGACAAGUCGCAGCACUUGGCCUUUUAAGAAAUUUUUUCCUCUCUGGCUGUGCUUUUCUGUUGGACUCCCAGACCGGAUGGCGCUCGACCCCUUUCUGUAAUGGGGUCUGUGACGAUGAACAAGACCCCCGGGGCCUUUGGGUGCUUGUCUCUGUGACUCUCCUUUGAAGGUCAGGGGCACCUUCUCAGCCCUCUGCUUGGACUGCCUAGCCCAGUGGUCCCACGCCCUCUGUCGGAGGGCAUGCUGAUGCCCAUUGCACACAGGAGGACGUGGAAGCGUGGAAGCUUCGAGAGCCUGCCCCAGCCCCUGCAGCUCCUGGGGCCAGAGGCAGGAUCCCAGGGAGGAGCUUGUCCAGUCCCAUGCUUGCUUCGUGGGUGGUAUUUUCAAGAGGACUGUGCCGCACGCGAGGAGGGAUGGGGAACAGCAGAAGCCAGGCGGGGCAGAAUUUUUGCUCCCAGUUUCUUCCUGAGGAGCAGGCGGAGAUCGACAGACUGUUUGACGCCCUGUCGUCGGAGACACACGGCUCAGACACCUCGCCCAGGUCCUUCUCCCUGAAGGCGCUGAAGAACCAUGUUGGGGAAGCUCUUCCCCCGGAGAUGGUCACCAGACUCCAUGAUGGCAUGCGGAGGGUCGACCUGACGGGGAAGGCCAAGGGGCCCAGCGACAACGUCUCCCAGGAGCAGUUUACGGUGUCCAUGUCCCGCCUAUUGAAGGGAAACUCCGAGGAGAAGAGUCUUGUAAUCCUGAAAAUGAUUUCUGCCACAGAAGGUCCUGUGAAAGCAAGAGAAGUCCAGAAGUUCACAGAGGAUCUGGUUGGCUCUUUGGUGCACGUGCUCAGCUACAGACAGAUGCUGAGAGGCUGGACCCAGAAGAGAGGCCCAGGCCCCCCCGCCAGGGUGCAGGCGUUGGCCGGCCAGCUCUUCUCCGAGAUGGACACUCAAGGUGGCGAGAAACUUCCGGGGCCUCAGCAGCUGGACCGUGAGUGUGACCGAGCCAUGAUCGAGGCCUGGGUGUUCAGGGCCCCCCUCGUGGCCACGUUUCUGAGCGUGGUCAUCCACAGAGGCUUCCUCCUCCUGCGCUCCCCCCUCGACCUGGCCGCCCUCGUCCCCGAGCGUCACGUUGACCAGGAGAGGGUGUUCGAGAGCAUCCUGGACGUCCCGUCGGUCAUCUACAUCAACGCCCACCUGCGCCGCGAGCUGCGGCAACGUUGGCGGCUGCUCUUCUCGUCCGAGCUGCACGGACACAGCUUCGCCCAGCUGUGCGGCCGCAUCACCCACCGGGGCCCCUGCGUGCUGCUGCUGGAGGACCACGACGGCCAGGUGUUCGGCGGCUUCGCCUCCUGCUCCUGGGAGGUCAAGCCUCAGUUUCAAGGGGACGACACGUGCUUCCUGUUCUCCAUCUUGCCCCGCAUGGCCGUGUACACGUCCACGGGUUACAACGACCACUACAUGUACCUGAAUCACGGGCAGCAGACCAUCCCGAACGGACUGGGCAUGGGAGGACAGCACGGCUACUUCGGGCUGUGGGUCGAUGUGGAUUUCGGGAAAGGACACAGCAAGGCCAAGCCCAGGUGCACCACCUACAACAGCCCUCAGCUGUCAGCCCAGGAAAACUUCAGCUUUGAGAAGAUGGAGGUGUGGGCCGUGGGGGACGCCGCAGGGUCGCAGCAGGCCAAGAGCAACAAGAGCAUCCUGGACGUGGACCCCGAGGCCCAGGCCUUGCUGGAAAUCAGCGGGCGGAGCCGCCACAGCGAAGGGCUCCGGGACAUCCCAGAGGCUGAAUGAGGAGGUUUCCCCGAGCUCGGGCCUGCCCGGGUGCUGGCGCCUGGACAGAGGGCAGCCUGCGGGGCUCCCCAUCGCACGCGUUCAACACAGGGCCGCGCUGGCCGUGUCCAGCUGGUCUGGGACGUGCUGAAUCGGAACCCAGUAAAAUUCCUUUGGUGCCGCAUGUGGAUUGGUGGGUGCGCUUCGUAGGAACCCUGCCCUGGGUGUCUGUUGACAGCUUAAGCCUUACAGGCUGUUUCUUGUCCCUGAAAUCCGGAGACACGGACGCUUGAGACCUCCGCCCGAGUUCGCGUCUGCUGGCUCGCAUGUUCCGGCCGUGCGGGGCAGGGCUCCGCCUGCCGGGGUCACCUGGCCCCCCCGCUCAAGCCACUGCAGUUGAAAACACGCCUCGAUGUUCCCUUCCAGCUGAUAGAGGGCGGGGACGUUGGGAUGUGAGUCUCAGUGCCUUUUGGGAGCAGCUUCCUUUGACCUGAAAUUUGUGUAUUUAUCAAAAAGCACCAACAGCGAGAAAGCGGAUGUCCCCACAGGUACUUGUAAUAAGGUCCCCUCCCCCGCCCUGCCUCAGCUGCUUUUAAAUGAGUCUGUGCCACAGUCUACACGGGUUCCAGGCAGUUCCACUGCUAACUGAAAUGGGGGGAAUUCGGAAGCUCUGAGAGGUCCUCUGGUGUGAAUUAGUGGUGAGUAACUUGACCCUACUGGCCUGGGUUCCUGACCACUGCCUCAGCGUCACUGUCCAGCCCGGUGGCCCCUAAAGGCGUGAUGGGUCCUCUGACAGCAGGGACUCACUUGAAACGGACUUGAGUGAUCCCGGUGAGCUGACCGAGACCCUGGGUGAGGGUCUGAGGCCGGGCCGGGGAAUCGAAGCCCGCUGUGAGAAGUCCCUCCUUCCCGGAUGGAGCCGUGGGCUCGGCUCUGAGACCUACACCUGGUUCUUGCGUCUUUCGCUGUCAACUUGAACUUUCUGGAGAUGGGACGGAUAUGGGGCCUUUCAUUCUAGAACCUUCCUGCUGAGAAGCCAUAGUAAACCAAGCUGUUCGCAUCUGGCGGGUGUGGCCUUUUCUCCCAGGGGGCUCCCCAAACUUUGCCCUUAGCAGUGCCCUCCGACUGAGCAGAAGGCCUUGCAAAUGAGCUUCUAAAAGAAAAAUGUGUGUCCAGACUACGCAGAGGGGCGGCGGCCUGACCUGGACAUAGUCGUGAUCGAUUUUCCUCCUGAAAGGCCAGUUUUUCGUAAGCUGCUCAGGUACAUUGUGGGGUCUCCCUAGCCGGUGGGGUAGAAACCGGGGAGGGGAGGCUCCUCAGAUAUCCUGACAAUAAAACCAAAGAGUUCGGUCGGUCCUGCUCCUUCCAUCUGUUCUGGAAUUUCUUUUGAUAAAAAAGCAACUGAGUACCUCACUAAUAACAGGUCUGUUGGUGUUUGUACCUCGAGCCCCGUCGUCUGGCUGUCAGGCUUGGAUUUUGUUGGUGGACGCCCUGUGCCCUGGGUCUCUUGUCGUCAGAGGGCAGGUGACAAGCAGGGGCCCGUUCACCAGGAGGGCACGCUCACACAGGGCAAGGCAGGGUCCCAGCCCAGGCGCUCGGCCCGCUGGAGGGUGCGGCCCUGCCAGUGGGCUUCUCACUGGGAGGAUCUCCGCACACAAACCUGUUGAGGGGUCGCCGCAGCUAGGACCACCGGACCUGGGAACCCCAGGCCUGGGACACACACGGAGCUGGUUUUACCAGCUUACAGGGUUCUUCCACGCAACAGAAAUAAGGAUUCGGGACAAGUUUCUCUGUAAGUGAAGAUGAGUCAGGGCCCCAGAAGGUGCUGGAAGGAAGAGGUAAAAGGAUGGGGGUCCGUGGUGUCAACAUGGCUUCCGUGGCCGGGAAGCCUCCGUGGCCGGGACCGUGGCUCUGCGGCAGGUCGUGGCUGUCGCACCUCUCCCGGAGCGUGUCUCGAUGUGAUUUUUGUCGGGACAAAUGAACUCUUAGGAGUUGAAUUGUUGAAUUAAAAGAUGCUUCUUAGAUGAUGACCGACAA